AUGAUUUGCCAAAUGAGGGCAACACACUCCUUCGAUACAUCUGUACCAGGUGCCAGGCCCUGUGAUGAGGACCAAGAGCUGAGGGGUGAGGAGGAACGUGGGUCUGCCCUCAAGGCGCUCAGAGCCCAGCGGAAGAGGCAGCGUUACCCAGCGGGCAGCAUCAACCCCGUGGCAGUGCCGCCGGCCCAGACGCUGCCUCAGGCCAGGCACCCUGGACCCCCGGAGGGAGGUGCCACCAGCUCUGCCCAUCAGAUGCUGGCAGCUCUGUCGGGAGGGGAGGGUUGGCCUGGAGCUGAACGGAUGAGUCCACGGGUGGAAGAACAAGGGAAGGACAGCAGGUGGAGGGAACAGUGCGUGAAAAGGCCCAGAAGCCUGAGCGCUCGGUUCUGCUCAGCCGGCUAG